UGAGACACUGAUAUAUAGCGUGUAUUGACGACAUUCACGCUUGGAGAGACAGCUAUCCGUGUCGAACAGGCUCCAUGGAACACGACCCAACCUGACCUUAGCACCAUUGCUCUUUGUCCAUUCGUAAACUCUACAGAUAUUCACCGCAUAAGCCUCUCCUCCUGGCAUAUACGCUCACGUAUCAUCGAUAAAGCGCGUCUUGAAGUGUGGGGGAGGAUCAAGAUGUUAGAAUCGGGAGUCUCUCUCGAUCGCCUCUUCGAAUCCGAUGGACCAGGCAAAGCAUUUCCGCUUGUGCCGAAACCACGCUCCUCUGUCCCCCUCCAGUGGGCCCACGUCGGUCCUGGAGCCAUACCGAACGCUCUCGUAGACACACCCUGCACUGCUAUCAGCAUUAAAAAACUGCUAAAACUACUCAACAACAUCUUCGGGACCAGAUACCCGUUAGGCAAGCCGGGCCUGGAGCGGUGCCUCGAUCACUUCCUUCAUUCCUCGCGAGACUUCGGCCAAGUGUACGGCUUUCUGCGACGCCACUGGAAAUCCGACUUCACCCAGCUACUCCCAUACAUUGCUGAAAAGCAAAGGGAGGACGAAGCGACGCGGCGGGAUGCCCUAGAUGGCGGCUACAUUAGCAACUCACGGGUGCCCCCACGGCGGGUGUGGGACCUCUACAGUAACCGCGUCCUCCCCAUUUAUGCCAUGGGUCGAGAUCGCAACUCGCGCGGGAUUUCUAGCCACGUCUGGACGGUAUCACAUAGCUGGGUACAGGAAAGCGCUCGCAUCGAUGUUUGGACUCCGAUCAACGGCUACGAGUGGCCCGUCUCCAUGCCGAGUGGAACCACCCUUGAACACGUUCGAGUCGAGCUCCUUAACCUCGGCGCCAGGUAUAUUUGGUUGGACAUCCUGUGUCUGAGACAGCGAGGACGUGUGGAGGACGAGGAGCAGAGGAAGGAAGAGUGGAAACUCGACGUCCCGACGAUCGGCUUUGUAUACUCGUUCCGAAAUAGGCCGUGCGUCACGUAUUUCAAUGGGCUGGGCCUUCCUUUCGACCCGUCGCCGCAAGUCCUGUCUUCCGACCGCCACUGGUUUAAUCGUAUCUGGACGGUGCAAGAGGCCACCAACAGUUGGCUUCCUGGUGGGGCCACCGGAGUGACGUCUGCGGACACGCGGCGUUUCUUCCGAGAACACCUCCCACGAUACAUCCCGGAGGAGCGUGACCUGUACUUCGACCACGUCGCCUUUGCUGUUCCGGCGAUGCAGGGGCGUCACUGCACCACAGAGCUCGACAGGGUCCACGGCUUGGCAUACAUCCUGAACUGCAUGACGCUGCCGAUCUACGACGAAGGGAUGUCGCCGGACCUCGCUUGGACCGUGCUUCUCAAGCACAUGAACUCAGUUUCACGAUAUCAACUUGCCUUGCGCCAUGUACAGCGUCAUCCGGACGAUGACUCGCUGCUGCCUUCGUGGCAGGAGUUCAUGCACUACGGGCGAGAGGAUAUCACUCGUCAGAUCGGCUCUGCGCUUGGCUGGUUGCACCUGCACCUUCCGGAUCCAUCGCGCCUUCACAUGCCCGAGGCAGGGACUUACUUCCAGGAGGCUAUUGUGUCGCACGGCUCCGUUCGCAUCAUUCGCAAGGGGGAUAAGGACGAAUUCGGCCAUGAGACACUCGAGCUCCAAACUCAAAGCGCAAAUGGCGACAUCUCGUACGAUGAGAUCCAAGACUGCAAAGUCUUCGGCACAUUUCCACGAAGCGUGAAGUAUAUCAUCUUGAAGCUUGCCUUGAGGGUCUGGCUUGUUGCAGAGGUAACUGGAAGGCGGCGGGUUGAGGGUAAACCAGCAACGGAAGUCAUUAAGCGAGGAUGUAUAUUUCCUCCAACGAACCAAUUCCCAUGCUUCCAAUGGUGUAAACAGUGUAUCGUGUAUAUUUCAGGGUAGGAAGCCAGACAGAAAAAGUAGAUGUUUCGUCGGCUGCACAGAUUCCUAGACAAUAUUUGCAUAAUAGCUCCGCACUUGCCCACUAGUCUAGCAUAUAAUCGUCGCGAACAGUGGGAUAUACCGCUAAAUUUUUCAUGAAUUCGU